GCGAGCAGUAGGCAUUUGCAAGAGGCUGGUCAGUCAAUUCUCCUACAGCUGGAAGAAAAGAAUGGCAUUGACAGCAGCCCAAAAAGAGCUGAAUCUGCCUGAGCAUUCAUUGAUUACAGAGUGCCCCACAAGAUGGGGAACCAAGGAAAAAAUGAUUGCAAGGGUUCUAGAGCAGUGUAAAGCUUUGAAUCAUGUGUUGUCUGCAGACAAGAAAACAAGGCUUCUAACGCUGACAUGGCAAGACAUGGAGGUGUUAGAAUCCAUCCACCAAGCUCUGCAUCCACUUCAGGAGUUUACAGAUGUGCUUUCGGGAGAGGAGUAUGUUAGUGUCUCCUAUCUUAAGCCAGUUAUUCACCUUUUGAGAACAAAGACACUCGCUGAAGAUCAAGAUGACACUAAUCUGACAAGGGCAAUCAAAGACAAAGUCCUUCGGUACCUAAAGGAAAAAUAUGAUGACCCAUCCACUCAAGAACUUCUGGAUGUUACAUCAUUCUUAGAUCCUCGCUUCAAAAUAAAUUACAUCAGUCAAGACAACAUUUCAACCAUAAAAGACAGAAUGAUGACAGAGAUGGAAGAUGUUGCAAGAAAGGAGAAACGAUCACGUGUCUCAGAGUCGCAGGAUUUAGCAGCAGCCCCAUCUGUGAAAGCUAAGACACUUGGAAGCUAUUUCAAGAUUUCUCCAGAAGUGUCUCAGGAAGAACCUCCUAAUUUUCAUCAUGUGGUGGAAACGGAGCUAAACAGCUACUUAACUGCACCAGUAAUUGAUGGAGAAGAGAAUCCCUUGACCUGGUGGAAACAGCACCAGAUUAACUUUCCCAGGUUGGCUUGCCGAUACCCGUGUGUUCCUGUCACAAGCACACCGUCGGAAAGACUCUUCAGUGCUGCAGGCAAUGUAGUAACAUGUCAGCGGUCAUGCCUCAAACCAGAGAGAGUGGAUAUGCUGCUCUUUUUGUCAAAAAAUCUAUAAGCACAUUACCCUAAGCAAUAUCUAAAUGUGAAGGUUUAAAGGCCUUUUGCCUCAGAAUUAUUUAUGUUCUUUGCACUUUAAAUGGCAAAAACGUUUGCUGUCAUUGUUUCAACCUUAAUGUAGGUUAUGGUCAGUGUUUUACUGAUGUAAAAUGUUUACAGUGUGUUUGGGUUCUUAAAAGUUUAAAGGGAUAGUUCACCCAAAAAUUAAAUUCUGUCAUCAUUUAGUCACUCUCCUGUUGUUACAAACCCGCAUAAAUGUCUUUGUUCUGAUGAACACAAAGGAAGAUAUUUUGAGAAAUGUUUGUAACCAAACCUUUCAUGGACCAUUGGACCCCAUUCACUUUCAUAGUAGGAAAAGAAAAUACUAUGAAAGUGAAUAGGGCUCAUGAAUGGUUUGGUUACAAACAUUUCUCAAAAUAUGUGUUCAUUAGAACAAAGACAUUAAUGCGGGUUUAAAACAACAAAAUUUUCAUUUUUGGGUGAACUAUCCCUUUUUAUAUACAAUUGUUAAUUUAACUUUAAGAUACUGUAGUUCUUAAUUUGUCAUGUUUGCAUUAUGACAACUUUAUAAAAAAUGGCUACAAUGUUUAAAAGGUUUUAAAUAAACAGUAGCACAGUGUAUCAUAGUUUGUCUUUCUUUGGUGCUGUUAAAACGACCUGGAUGUAGCUCUUUUUUAAAAUACUAAUACAUCGCA